CCCACCCACUCACUUUCUCAUUGACGCCUCCUCUUCUUUAUUCGUAGUUGAAGUUGACCACUCUUCAACGCCAUAACUACUGAGAAUAUUACAAGAACUUGCCCCCUUCCCCCUUUCACACACAUAUAUUAUAUAUAUCAGCCAUUCAAUUGGGUUUUCCCCUGCUAACCAAUUCGAUCAAUUGCAUCUAUAUUGUGUGUUGGUCUCUGUCUCUGGGUGGGAAUUGGAAGAGAGAUUGAGACAUGGAGAAAGCUCUCAACAGACAGAGAAUCCUGCUUCAGCAUCUCCAACCCACUUCCCAUUCUGGGUCCUCUUCUCAGACCCAGGAGUCUGCUAACUUGACUGCUUCAAUAUGUGCUGCUGGAGAUAAUGCAGCUUAUCAUAGAACUGCGGCUUUUGGGGAUGACAUUGUUAUUGUGGGAGCAUAUCGAACUGCAAUUUGCAAGGCCAGACGUGGGGGGUUCAAGGAUACUCAUCCCGAUGAUCUGCUCGCUCCGGUCCUUAAGGCAGUGUUAGAGAAAACAAAUACGAACCCAGCGGAGGUGGGGGAUAUAGUUGUUGGUACGGUUUUGGCCCCGGGCUCACUGAGAGCGACCGAGUGUAGGAUGGCUGCAUUUUAUGCGGGCAUUCCUGAGACGGUGCCCAUUAGGACUGUCAACAGGCAAUGCUCAUCCGGCCUUCAAGCAGUUGCUGAUGUUGCCGCCUCCAUAAAAGCCGGAUUUUAUGACAUUGGAAUUGGUGCUGGACUGGAAUCAAUGACUGUAGAUGCAAUUGGCAGGGUUCCAAAUGUUAAUCCGAGAGUGGAAAUGUUUGCUCAAGCCCAGGAUUGUCUUCUUGCUAUGGGGAUCACUUCUGAAAAUGUGGCUCAGCGCUAUGGUGUUACUCGCCAAGAGCAAGACCACGCCGCUGUCGAGUCUCAUAGACGAGCUGCUGCUGCAACUGCUUCUGGCAAAUUCAAGGACGAGAUAAUUCCAGUCACAACCAAGCUCGUGGACCCGAAAUCUGGAGACGAGAAGCCUGUGACGAUUUGUGUGGAUGAUGGUAUCCGAGCAAACACGAACAUGGCAGACCUAGCAAAGCUGAAGCCUGCAUUUAAAAAGGAUGGAGCCACAACUGCUGGGAAUGCUAGUCAAGUGAGUGAUGGAGCUGCUGCUGUGCUGCUCAUGAAGCGAAGUAUGGCUUUACAAAAGGGACUUCCGAUUCUCGGUGUUUUCAGGAGUUUCGCUGCAGUUGGUGUGGACCCCGCUGUCAUGGGGAUCGGUCCGGCAGUGGCUAUUCCAGCUGCAGUGAAGUCAGCAGGGCUGGAGCUUGAUGAUAUCAAUCUCUUUGAAAUCAAUGAGGCAUUUGCAUCUCAGUAUGUUUACUGCUGUAAGAAGCUGGAGCUUGACCCUGAGAAGGUCAAUGUCAACGGAGGCGCGAUAGCUCUCGGGCAUCCUUUGGGCGCUACAGGUGCUCGGUGUGUUGGAACUCUACUGAACGAGAUGAAGCGUCGAGGAAGAGACUGCCGGUUCGGGGUUAUUUCCAUGUGCAUAGGUACGGGAAUGGGUGCAGCAGCUGUUUUUGAGAGAGGGGACUCUGUCGAUGAGAUACAAAAUGCCCAAACCAUUGGGCACAACAAUCUCCUUUCCAAGGAUGCUCGUUAGACACAGAUUCCCAAGUUGCACGAUGUUGUGGUGUCCAACCUAGGAUUGUGGGGGCAUAUCGAAUAGAGGAAUAGGCAAACAGUUUAUGCUGUAAAGUGAAUAAACAGCCAGGGAGGCCUGCUCCCGAGGGUGAUCUUCAUUUCAUCAGGACUUCAAUUUUUCCAGCAACCGUGUAAUGGCUUACCCAUGUUGUUUAGUGUUGUUAUAUAUGGAGUAUUCUAUCUAUAUACGCUUUAUGCUAGCCAA